ACUCUAUGACACAAACAGUCUCUCUUCAGUGGACAUCGUCAAUGCCAUCUUCUGUCAAGACGUCUGCAUCACGAAAAACAGUCUUGGUAGAUUCCACUCCUAGUACAUCUACUGACUUGCCACCAGGGUCAUCAACUUUUGAUGCACCAUCAAGAUCAAGCUCUACUAGAAUUCCGUCAUCUUUGGCUGAGUCAGAGCCUUCCAGUACGUUUCAACCCAUGACAGUUCAACAUCAGACUUCCCAAGCCAAAACAAAGAUGCCAAUUGCUCAAUCAACUAUGACAAGUUUACCAUCAGCCCCAUCAUCUGAUUGGAGCACAGAUGAGCUGACAACAACAAAAUCAUCAACAGAGGCCCUUCUUACAACUAUGCCACUACUUCCCAACACAUCUACUGCACAAAUAGCAACUCUACCUUCCGACUCAUCUUCUUCACAAACCACACCUUUAGGAACAACACGACAAUUACCGACGUCGAAAUUAUUGACUGAGACAUGGACAACAACAACAGCCCAACUAACCACCGCACCCACAAUAAUUUCAACUGAGCAAUCAUCCCUAGAUUCAUCAACAACAAAAACAGCAUCACCGUCCUCCUCAAUCUCCACAUUUCAAACAGGAAGACUAGAAAAAUCAACAGAUGUAGAAACAACUCUGCAACCUGACACAACAGCUAGGACAUUAACUACGCUUCCUGCAAUGACUUCUGAGCAAUUUUCAUCAACACUUCUGCCAUCUGACUCAACAACAGCUAGGACAUUAUCUACGCUUUAUGCAAUGCCUUUAGAGCAAGGUUCUACAACUGUAGAAAAGUCUACACUUCUGCAACUUGAUUCUACAACAGCUAAGACAUUGAGUACUCUUUCUGCAACGCCUUCAGAGCAAGGUACUACAACUGUGGAAAGGUCUACACUUCUGCAACUUGAUUCUACAACAGCUAGGACAUUAACUACGCUUCCUGCAACAACUUCUGAGCAAUUUUCAACUGUAGAAUUAGAAGCAUCAACACUUCUGCAACCCGCCUCAACAGCUAGGACAUUACCUACGCUUCCUGCAACAACUUCUGAGCAAUUUUCAACAACUGUAGAAGCAUCAACAGUGCUGCAAUCUGACUUACCAACAGCUAGGAAAUUAUCUAUGCUUCCUGCAAUGACCUCUGAGCAAUGUUCAACAACGGUAGAUGCAUCAACAGUUCUGCAAUCUGAUUCUACAACAGCUAGGACAUUAACUAUGCUUUCUGUAGCGCCUUCUGAGCAAGGCUCUACAACUGUGUCAAAAUCCACAAUUCCUGAAACUGAUACAACUCCCAACAUGUCAAGUAUGCUUGCUACAACACUUUUUGAACAAGACUCUGCAACAGUUACUGUCAAAACAACAAUGUCCCCACAGCCUGAAACAACAAAUUUAAAUUCCAACACAUUAGGUAAAGUUGGUUCUACAACUGUUAAAAAAUCUACCUUGCUACAACCUGACAUGGCAACGUCUAAUAGGUUACGUACCCUCGUGACAACAACUUCCCAACAAGGUUCUACAACUCUAGACCAUUCAACACUUCCUCAUCCGGAGGAAGUAACAUCUAACAAAUUGCAUACACUGGACCAAGAUGCAACAAUAUCUGAAACAUUAAGUUCCCUUUUGACAACAACUUUUGAGCAAGAUUCUUCAACUGAAGAGCAUUCAUCACUCCCAGAAACAGAUGCAACAACGUCUUAUGCAUUAAGUACGCUUCAAACAACGACUUUUAAAACUUCAGUGCCUCCUCAACUUAAUACAACUCCCAACACAUCAAGUACUUUCGCGUCUACAGAUUUUGAGCAGGACUCUACAACUGUAGAAACAUCAGUACCCCCACAAGAUACAACAACUGUGAGCACGCUGGGCUCAAUUGUCACGACUGCUUUUGAGCAAGAUUCAACAGCAUUUGAUACAACCAUGAUCCCAGAACCAACCACAACAGCACCGCGCACACUUCUGACAACAUCUUUCCAGCAAAGAUCAACAGUUUCAAAGAAAUCAACACUUCCACAACCAGACACAUCAACGCUGUCCAUCACAACUAAACUUGAGGCUACUUCUGUGGAGCAAAAAGACUCCACAACUUCACAACAAGAUGCAACGAGGCUGCAAAUAUCAAGUACACAAUCGGAUACAGCAAUGUCCCCCACAUUACAUACAUUAGUGACAACACCUUUUGGAGUUGUCUUCAGAGCAAACAUCAACAGCUUCAGAAACAUCUCUGUUCCAACAAGUUGACACAACAAUGUCAGCCAUAGGUAGUUC